AUGCAGUCAUUCGGUCACACAAGUAAAGGAAAAGAAAUAGAAAAUACAGAAAAAAGUAUAAAAAAGAAAAUACAAACCAGACUAUUUAGGCCACUUAUAACUAUUCCUUCAAGUAAAAAGAAUAGCUUUAUCUUUGAAGAUCCUAUUGAUGAUGAAGACUCUGUUAUUAUGAUAGUGAAACAACCAAAAGCAGCAAAAGGACAUUCUGCUAAUGCUAUCAAAGAAAGACAAAUAAAAAAUGAAAUGUGCUUCCAAGCUGCUGUUUCUCUUGCUCUUCUUCAUCCAUUUUGUGGAUUUACAAUUCGUAGACCAAUUAAAGCAUCUACAGCAACGAAUUCAAUGUCACUUGUUACUCAUAUUCAUUAUAGAAGUGAUACAAUAGAUCUUUUACAACUUUCAUCAACUUGUUGUAAUUUAUUAUACUCAAAAACUGAAGAAAAUUCAUUAAAAAGUAUUGCCAUUAGAAGAAGAAUGAAUAAGAGUGUUAUCUUCUUCAUUUUGAAUUAUUUACUAGAUCUUUUAAGAGAAUUUGGAUUCUUCUUUGACUCAAUUUAUGCUAAAAAGACUUGUAAAACACUUCAGCAAGAACGGGUUAUUAGAAUUUAUUUUAAUAACAAACUUCUUUUUUCAAAAGAUGAAAUUCAACGUUACGGAAAGGUAAUUAAUGAUUACUUAUUUCAUCUUGCUGAUAAACAAACAUCGGCAUAUGUCGAUAAAAAUGAUUUAAAAUUUGAACAAUAUAUGGAAGCAAAUAUUCCAUCUUUUUAUCAAAAACUAGAAUCUCUCUUUCGGUAA